CAAAUUUCAAAACAAAUACACGCUUUUAUUUCUAUUAUUUUAGAUUUUUAAAUACUUUAAAGUAUAUCGCUAUAGAAUGGCAAAUAGUAGUGUUAAAUUUGGCACAUAUGUGAUCCGAACUGAUCCCAAUGAGAUGUUUGAUAGAUUGAAAAAGCCACAAGCUGUGAAAUUGGAACCCAGACCAACAUUUAUAAAAGUAGGCGCUGUUUCCAACGUUAAAGGUUCAGCUUAUAUGGAAUAUGGUAACACCAAAGUCAUGGCACAAGUGGAACCACCUAAGGAAAUUAGUAAGAGUAACAACAGAAGUGGCACUUUGGGCAUCAUCAUUUGCAGUGUAAAAUACGCCCCCUUUACUGCCAUGGAUUCGGAAACUAUUUCACGAAAAGAAACUUUUAUGAGUGUAGCUUUAAAGAAAUCAUUGGAACCUGUCAUAUGCCGACAUGAAUUUGCAAAUUUUCAACUGGAAAUUAAAGUGUUAAUAAUUGAUGACGAUGGCUGUGCAUUGAGUACGGCAAUUAAUUGUUGUGGAGCUGCAUUGAUUGAAGGCGGAAUACCCACGUACGAUUUGCUAACGGCUUCCACAGUCUGUGUUUUAAAUCGACAGGAGUUUAUAAAUCCAACAGCUGAUGUGGAAGAUCUUCUACUAUGCCUUCCUGGUAAUGAAGAUUCUGUGGAAGAGCAUGGUCUUUUGAUAGUUGCCAGUUUAUCCGCAGUGGGACAGAUUUCAGAAUGUUUUCAGAAAGGUUACCUUUUGCCAACUACUGUGGAACGUCUCUGUGAAUAUGCUUUAAAUGUCAAUCUUAACCUGUUGGACACCAUUAAACAUGUUCUUGUUAAUAAAGUGAAACAACACGUUGCACAUGAGAAUAACGAAAUGUCCGGCACAGACGAUGAGACUGAUCAUUCCUCAUAAAAUAAAAACAACAAUUUUUUGAAAUACAA